AUGAUUGGCACAUUUGAAUGUAUAUCUAUAGUUAUUAUUUCAUUAUUUUUUAUAAAAAUAUAUAAACACUUUAAUAAAAAGAAAAUUGGAAAAGAUGAUUUAACAAUUGGAAAACAUGGGACAGUUUCUUUAUCAUCAAAUUUAAAAGUUGACAUAAUAUGCGAUAUAACAAAUAACUUCGGAAAAUAUUAUGCUAAAGAAGCUAUAAAAAAAAAAAAUAUAGUAUGCAUAAUUCCUGUACAUAAAAAUUAUAAUAAAGAAUAUGAAAAUGUUGACAAUUUUAAUGAGUUUAUGGCCGAAUUUUUUAAAUUUUUAGAUAUAAAAAAUGGAAAACUAAUAUUAGCAAGCGAGAAUAAUUGUUUAAAUGAUUACUUGCACAUUACUCCUGAAUAUGAAGAUGAUGACCAAAUAAUAUUAGCCUCAUGUAUUAUUAAUAAAAAUAUAUCAAUAAUUGUUUGUGUUAUUAAUUAUGAUAAGGAUAUUGAAAAUCAACUUGAUUAUUAUUUAAAGAAUAAAAAAAUUGAUUUUUGUGCAGUUAUAAAUAAUUUAUUUUUAAAUAAUAUAAAUUAUUCCAGAGAUGAAAAUAUAGAGGUAAUAGGGGAAAAAUGUUCAUUUAUUCCUAAUGGAGAAUUUAAUGAUCUUUUCAAUUUUUUUGGUUUCAUGAAUGUUAAGAAAGAAUUUUUACUUGAUUUAUAUUCAAUUAUACUAAUAAAUACAAAAAAUUAUAUGUAUUUUUACAAAAUUUUAGGAAAUUUAAAUUCAGGAACAUUUUUAAAUGCACAUAUAUAUGACAAUCUUACUUAUUCAAAUAUAUAUAAUUCCUUAAUGGAUAUACAUCAUAAUUUAAUUUGUGAAAAAGCAAAAAAAGAUAAAAAAAUUCAAGUUAAAAAAUUUUAUACAUUUUGUUGUCUUAAGUGUGAUUAUAAGAAAAUAGUAAAAUUUACUUUGAUGAAGUUAGAAAAUAAUUUGUUCUUAUUUUAUUUCUAUAAUAUUUAUUCUUAUUUUUACUGCCAAUUAGUUUUAUAUUUUGUAGGAAAAAAAUGA